CCAAUCGGCAUUUCGAUCCUAUUUAAAGACAAGGUUAAGUUCAGUAGUCAUCAGAAGUAGCGAGUAAGGGUAUCUCAGUUCCCUCGCGAUUCCUACGCGUUCUCGUUAAAUGAAGCUUCAACGGCGACAAAGGAUAGUUAAAAGCGAAACAUAGUGACGUAAAAGCCGUUCUAACGAGUACAAUUCAAUUGACACUAGCGAGCACAAUCAAAGGAUGUCGCUGUUAAGUUCUCUGGUUAAUUUUAUCGUCCCGUUAAGUUUGGCUGUUCCGAACUCCGUGGCGAGUCUAUGCACUGGAAAUUUCUUCCAAUCGUAUCGGCCCUGCUUAAAUGAUCCGUGUAAUACUCGUAACGUGACUUGUGGAAACGGUUUCAUAUGCAAUUUAGGGCUGCGUGGUGUGUCUACACGCGAUGAUUAUUAUUACACGCCUGGAAUCGGUUCGCAUAAACUUCAUACUAGAGCAUUGACGUGGAAUGAAGCGAGGAAAGUGUGCAACGAGGAGGGUGGCCAUUUGGCAAUCAUCAACUCUAUUGCGGAAGCGCACGUAUUAAUGGAUAUAUUUAAUCGAUCGAGCCCGGUGAAAGGUUCCGACGUCACCGGCCAAGCCUACAUAGGUACACACGAUUUAUAUGCGGAGGGCGAUUGGACCACUAUUCUUGGAGAUUCGUUGGCGAAAACUGGAUAUACCGAAUGGAGCGACAAGUAUAAUGGACAGCCGGAUAAUACAGGCGGUGUACAAAACUGCGGUUCAAUCUUCAGGGAUGGAAAGAUGGACGAUAUAAGAUGCGACUUACCGCAUGCCUUCUUCUGCGAACUAUCUUGCUCGUCGCUUCUUUAAUUACUUUUACGAAACUCUGGUGCAAACGGAUGCAAGGAUUCUUGUUUCUUCUAAAGGACUUCGAUUUUUUCAGCAAUUAUGGCGAUAUGUACAUCACGACUUGUACUUAAUAAAAGGAAGUGACUGUUCGGUAAAACGGUAUGACAAUAUA